CAGUCCGUCCGUUUUAUAUUCCUUCCUCUCCUUUUCUUCUUCCUUCCUUUCUCUCUUUCAACGGCUCCGAACAUAGCUACCUCGUACAUUCUAGGGAUGUGGUGGUUUGGAAACGAUUGUAGAGAUGGAGGUGGAAAUGGGAGCGGUGAAAAUCGAGUCGAGCUGCGUUGAGAACAGGCAAUCAGCUGCAGCUUCGAGUUCGUCGGUUUCUGAAGGAAGCUGCGGAUUUGGGUUGAAAUCGCCAGGGGUUUGCAGCCCGGUGACAGUGUCGUCUCCAUCUUAUCAUCGAAGGACAACUGGUCCCAUAAGGCGGGCGAAGGGUGGUUGGACACCACAGGAGGAUGAGACAUUGAGAAAUGCUGUUGAACUUUUCAAGGGAAAAUGCUGGAAGAAAAUUGCUGAAUCUUUUCCAGAUAGAUCGGAAGUGCAAUGCUUGCAUCGAUGGCAAAAAGUUCUUAAUCCAGAACUUAUUAAGGGACCUUGGACCCAAGAGGAAGAUGAAAAAAUCAUGGAACUGGUAUCGAAGUAUGGGCCAACGAAAUGGUCCGUUAUAGCAAAGUCCUUGCCUGGUCGCAUUGGGAAACAAUGUCGGGAGAGGUGGCACAAUCAUUUGAACCCACUUAUAAAGAAAGAUGCUUGGACAUUGGAUGAGGAACUUGCACUCAUGCAUGCCCAUCAAGUGCAUGGGAAUAAAUGGGCAGAAAUUGCUAAGGUUUUACCUGGAAGGACCGAUAACUCAAUAAAGAAUCACUGGAACAGUUCCUUAAAGAAAAAGUUAGAUUUCUAUUUGGCCACUGGGAAACUUCCUCCACUGCCAAAGACAAACAUGCAAACUGACACCAAAGAUCUAGUAAAACCUUCUGGGAAUUUAUUGGUUUGUUCUAAUAAAGGAUCGGACACAAGUCCUCGAAAUUACUCAGAAACUGCAGUUCUUACACAUGCUGGCCAGACUGCAGAUUUGUGCAAAUCGGAAGACAACUGCAAUAAUCAGUUGGAAUCCUCAUCCAUGCAAUUUUACGAUACAGAUGCUUCAUUAAGAGCACCAGUUAACAGAUCCAAUAAUUCUGAUGCUGCUGAGUGCAAGCCAGAUGCAUCAAAAUUUGAUAUUUGCUGCAAUAAAUCUGACUCAAGACUAAGCUCCGGGGGAUGUGGCAGCAAUGGUGAAAUUGAUCGAGACAACAAUGUUACUGGGACAUUGCUGCAUUCUGCAUCUUCUACCUUUGGUUCGUUGUGCUACGAGCCACCUUCGUUAGAGAGUUAUGAUGUUCCCAUAAAUGCUGUACAUUAUCGUAUGCCGCAGCCUUCUGACUCAAAUGUGCCAAUGUCACCCAUUGGUUGUUUCACUCCUUUCACGAAGGGUACCAGUUCAGUUGAGCAAAGCGUAGAAUCUAUAUUAAAGAAUGCAGCUAAGAGCUUUCCAAAUACUCCUUCCAUAUUAUUAAAGAGAAAGAGGGAAACAACUGGUUUAAAGAUCCAUGACAAUUCAUGUACUCCUGAAGAAAAAGAAAGAGAAAAGGCUAAUCAAGGACAGAUGGGAUUGUCAAAUGCAAGUUCUGGUGAAAGUCCUGCUUGUUACGGUAGUGGGGGAGUCGAGCCAUGCAAUGUAAAGUCUUUCAAUGUCUCUCCACCUUAUCGGUUGAUGUCGAAACGUACAGCUAUUUUCAAGUCUGUGGAGAGGCAGCUCAAGUUCACAUUAGAUAAAGAGAAGCUUGGUGGUAAUUCCAACCCUAUGAGCUUGGCAAUUACAGCACACUCCUAUGCUACUGAUUCUUCUGCCGACCUAUCAAGAAUACAUGGGGGGAAAUUCAGCGAGCAUCUAGUUGUAGAAGGUUUAAGCAGCGAGCGUGCACAAACAACUAAGAUGGGAGUGACUUAGUAUGUAAACUAAGGCGAAUUCCAAGUUAAUCCUGCAUUUGGAGAACUCCAAGAAUUCUCCACAGUAGCGUCUGUAACUCAGACGAAGCAAGGACAAAUCAACCCUCUUUUGGAAGAUUCAGUGUUUGCCAUGGUCAUCGUCGUCAUCAUUCUGCGAUCGUGCUUGUGCGGCUCGAUCACUCAUAUCUCAUGUGCAAAAUGCAAAUAUGAUAUCUGAUGACAUUUAAAAGAAAAAAAGGGUUAUCUCAUGACACCAUGCACUUGUAGAAUAAAAAUGGGUCGCAGUGUAUUCUUACUGUGGAAAAUAUUCAGAUUGUUGUGGGCAUUAGUGUACAUAAAAGGCCUCUCAAAAAUGGAGAAAAGGCUGUGAGAAAAUUGAUUUCAAGUCCAAACUAGUAUUAGAAUUUUUGUUUCUAGCA